UUUUUUUUUUUUUUUUACUUCUGUGUGUGUGGCAGUCGUCUUUGGAGGAAGUCCAGUGCAGCAGGAACGGACCUCAUAUUCUAUCUUAAAUGUGACAAACCUUUUAUUCACCGAGGAUGACGGAUUGCGUGGCUGACUGUUGUCAUUGUUUAUCGGGGAGGAGGCGGAUAAGCAGUCGUCUCUACCGGAGCGCUGUUAGCCUGCUGCUAGCUUCUGUUUGAUGUUUGCUCCUCAGACACAUACCGUUACUGGAGGAGCUGUGCGAGACGCGAUUCAGACAGAGAUGGCUUCGUUUAUAAGUCCGAUUAUCGCUAUGUAAGCUAUAUGCUUCGCCUUAUUGGCAACCCUUUAGCACACCAUUGUUAGCUUUCGUUGAAUUUAGGCAUUAGAUUAGCGAAAUUUAGUUUCCGCUAAGCUAAUUAACCUAACGUUAGCUUUGAUGGCAAGCUGAAGAAAGUUACCGCUUUGUUACACAGUCACUACUGUGGUGUAGAUUCGAUAACGUUAGAUAAUAAAAUACUUCGGUGUGCGCUGCUUGAUUGCGCAACAUUAACUACGAAAAAGUAAGUAGGAUGAAUUCAAUGCAACAUUUCUAGCCUAUUUAGUACUUUUACAAACUAAGGUAAGCGCGUACCGCUGGCUCAACAUGGGGCAUCUGAGGAGCGCUGUGUUAUAGAAUGCAUGGAGCUUUUUUUUUCUAAAUGAACAUAUCCACUCUCUCCCAAAUUUAUUUAUGGGCGAGGGCAGGAGUGCGGCCAAAUCAUCCAUCGGUCUAUAGCUUUUCAUGAAACCCCUUGAGUAUCUGUACCAGAUAUGCGACUUUCCUCCUUUUUGGCCGUCUUCAGGCCUGCUUUACCCUUGAUCCUGGGACUAUCGCUUGGAUGCAGUCUCAGUCUACUAAUGGUGUCUUGGACACAAGACACGGAGGACUCCUGCAGAGAUGAACUGGGCAAUGGAAGACUUUUUCUAGGAAGACGAGAUGCUCUGAGGGACUCCAGAGAUGGUGUGGAUAAUGAAGACUUUCAGCCACGCAUCAUACCAUACCACAAAGACCCAAACAAGCCACACAAAAAAGUCCUCAGGACACGAUAUAUUCACACAGAGCUGGGCAUCAGGGAGCGCCUUUUGGUAGGAGUGCUGACAUCACGGGCCACACUCAACACUCUGGCUGUGGCAGUAAACCGGACAGUUGCACACCACUUCCAUCGCACGUUUUUCUUCACAGGACUGCGUAGCCCUAAAAUACCCCACGGCAUGACGGUGAUUGCACACGGGGAUGACCGCCCCGUGUGGCUAAUGUAUGAGACCAUCAGGCACCUUCACCAGCACCAUGGCUCGGACUAUGACUGGUUCUUCUUGGCCCAAGAUGACACCUACAUGCAGGCUGAUCGUUUGUCAGAGCUCGUGGGACACCUCAGUGCAGGUCAGGACUUGUACAUGGGAAGGUCUGAGGAGUUCAUUGGUGGAGAGGAAAAAGCUCGCUACUGCCAUGGGGGCUAUGGUUAUCUGUUGUCCCGUAGCCUGCUGGCUCGUCUGCAGCCACACCUCGAUACAUGCCGUAAUGACAUCCUGAGUGUGAGGCCCGAUGAGUGGCUGGGGCGCUGCAUUAUCGACUAUCUUGGGCUUAGUUGUGUAGAAGUACAUCAGGAGAUGACUUAUCGCUACUUCGAGCUUGGGAAAAAUGCUGACCCUGAGCGUGAGGACAGCCCACAGUUUAAAAACGCUUUCACUGUGCAUCCUGUGUCUGAGCCAAAUCUCAUGUACCGCCUUCACAAGCGCUUCAGCCACAUCGAGCUGGACUGGACGUAUGGGCAGAUUCAGCAGCUGCAGAUGCAGAUUAACAACCUGAGUGAUCUCACACCAGAGGGGAGAGCCGGGGUCACCUGGCCUAUUGGAAUCAACCCCCCGUUCAAACCACGAACUCGUUUUGAAGUGAUAAACUGGGAGUACUUCACAGAGGAGCAUAUCUACUCGUGCAUCGACAGUUCUCCAAAGUGUGAGAUCAGAGGGGUGGACCAUGCCGAUGUGGCCGCUGUUCUGGAUAUUGCUGUGGAGCGUCUGAAUGAGAGAUACCAGCCUCAGCUCCGCUUCCAGAAGAGGCGUUUACUGAAUGGCUACAGGCGCUUUGACCCCACGCGAGGGAUGGAGUACAUGCUGGACCUGGCCCUGGAAGCCUACACCCAGAAAGGCCACAGUCAGGUGAUCGUGAAGAGGGUGAACCUGCUGCGGCCUCUCAGUGCAGUGGAGAUCAUUCCCAUGCCUUAUGUGACAGAAGCCACUCGAGUGCAAGUUAUCCUCCCUGUCACUGCCCAGGACCAGGACUAUGUCAGCAAUUUCCUGGAUAUGUAUGUCAUGAACACGCUGGACACACAUGAUAAUGUGUUACUCACCUUUUUGUUCAUCUAUGACCCUUUUGAUGCUCAGCGCGUAAGUCAAACAGAUGUGUUUGCAGGCAUUAAGGCCAUGAUUGGAGAGGUGGAAAAACGGUAUGGUGACGUCAAAAUCCCUUGGAUUAGUGUGAAGACAGAGGUGCCAUCUCAGGUGAAGCUGAUGGACAUCAUCUCCAAGAAGCACCCAGUGGACACUCUGUUCUUCUUGGCCAGUGUGUGGACAGAGGUCAAUGCAGACUUUCUCAACCGCUGUAGAAUGAACGCCAUCAGUAACUGGCAGGUGUUCUUCCCCAUCCACUUCCAGGAGUACAGCCCUGCAAUAGUGUACCGUGACCAGCAGCCCUCUGCUGCCUCCUCCUUUGCCUCUGAGUCUUUGCGGGACGGACAUUUUGACCGGCAUGUCUUCGACGAGGCGUGCUUCUAUAACGCAGAUUACAUGACUGCACGGACCAAAAUGGCUGCCGACAUCUUGGACAAUGAGGAGCUGCUGGAGAGCAUGGACGUGUAUGACAUAUUUGUGCGCUACUCUGGACUCCAUGUGUUUCGAGCUGUGGAGCCAGCACUCAUUCAGAAGUAUGUGAGGCGUGUUUGUAACCCACGUUUUAGUGAGGACAUAUACCACCGCUGUGUGCUCAGCAACCUAGAGGGACUGGGCUCUCGCUCACACUUAGCCAUGGCUCUCUUUGAACAGGAGCAAGCCAACAGCACCUAGCUCCACCUCCUGUUGAACUGAACCUAUAUGUUUAGAAUAAUGUGAAUUAAUGUACUGUAAUAUUUUGUAUCUUUAUGCUGGAGUUGAUUCCCCUAAACAAAACAGGAACAAAUGUGCUGAAUCAAGGCAGUGAAAUGAGUGCUGACGCAGUACUUCCCGUGGGAGGCCUCUGCUCACUACUUCUGACUCAUGAGCUUUUGAAGUCUUGCUGAGACAUGUUCUGCCCCUCACAAACUUCACAGUGUAUUGAGCGGCCCAUCUAUUUAUACUUUGGUUGGCACAAAUACCAAAAGACAAUACAGUUGUUGCCUUUAUUGUAUUUUUUUAUUGAGGUGAAAAGACACAGUCUGCCUGAAUGUGGAAGUUGUGCUAUCAGCUGCCUUGUCUUGACAGGAUGUCUCAAAGAGUAUUAAAAAUUCUUAUUUCUG